GCGCUCACUAGAAUUCUUUUACAUGUUAAUGCUGGCCCCAGAGCUGGGACAAAGGAGAGUACCACGGACGAGAAAGCUUGGUGUAUUAAUUCUGGACCCUGGCCGCCUCCGUUCCUGAGAUACCCACAUGGGCAGGCAUAUUGACGGGUCUUCCCUCCACGUGAAAAGACAAUCAUCCCUUUUCUCUCCUCCCCGACGUGUCCCGGCAGCACAUUCCUUCACAACAAUAAUCGUCGAAUCCCUAAUCGAGGGAGGCUCGAUUCGUCCUCUCAGCCGCGGCCUGAGAGACUGAUACUCGUCGAGGGGCGCCCUACCCGGGCCAUCGCCAACACCAUGUCGUUCAAUCCGCCAGAUCACUCGCUUGACCAUGAGUCGACAGCGGAGUUGAUGAUCGGGCUGUCGGCUGCCCUUGGAAUCUUGUCAACGGCCAUCGUCAUUUUGCGGAUGUACACGAGACUUGUACAGCUUCGAAAUGCCGGGCUCGAUGAUCUCAUGAUAGUCGUCACGCAGAUUCUUGCGAUUGGGUUGAACGUCUCAACAUGUUUAGAGGGUCAUUAUGGGACAGGGAAGCACUGGUGGCUGUCCAGCCCAGACAACCUAAUGAACCAGCUGAAAGCGCUCUUCGCCGCCAUCCAACUCUACAUCUGGUCCCUCUGCUGCGUCAAGAUCAGCUUGCUCCUCCAGUACAGGCGCAUUUUCAUGGCCGCCUGGCUGCAACGGGUGUCGCUCAUCAUCAUCAUCUUCUCCGUCUCGUGGAACAUCGCCCAAUCCAUCCUCGUCUCUUUCGCCUGCAGCCCGGUCAGCAUUUUCAUCCCGAGUCUCGCACCGCACUGCCUUGACAGUCUCACGAUCUGGUACAUUGCGGCGGGAGUCAACAUCACCACCGACUUUAUCGUCUUCCUCUUGCCGAUACCUCUCAUCAACUCAUUGCAGCUUCCCAUCCGUCAGAGGUUCCUGUUGAUCAUGGUCUUCUGUCUGGGUUUCUUCACCUGCAUAAUCUCGGUUGUUCGCGCCACAAAGCUCCAGGCGGUGGUCAGCGCGGGCGACCCAUCCUUCUACGGCGCCCCGGGGGCGAUUUGGUCGAUGGUGGAGCUCAACUGCGCGAUUCUCUGCGCGUGCCUGCCGACCGUUAGGCACUUGAUCGGGUCAUGGAUCCCCUGUCUGGGCCUACGCACAGUCAGGGACGCGUCCGGGUACUAUGCCAAGAGCCGUACGACCGCGAGCCGCAGGCGCAUGAGUCUGUUCCAGCUGCGGUCCAAGAAGAGCGGCAAGUCUGCGCCGCAGAGUGGUGGUUACGCCAAGCACUCCAAGGGCAGCGCCGCCUCCGAGGCCGUCACGGGCGCCAGCAGCAAGCACGAUGGCGGGAACAUCGAGCUGGAUACCACGUGGGCCAACGACAUUGAGAACGACGGCGCACUGUAUCACAGCAAUAAUAUCUCGGCCUGGGUGAGCGCUGAUGAGCCAAAGUCACCCAUCAGGGCCAAGGUCAGGAUUGCCGAUGACAGGAGGGACAGGAGUGGGAGCGAGUCGCGGCUGAUAGGGUCUGGGGUAUCCAACGAACAGCUCCGGACGAAUAUCUUGGUCACCAGAGACGUGACGGUCGAAGAGGGCAGGACGACUCCCAGCCCAGCGUCGAGGUCUUUUACUGGUUUAGCGUUAUGAUGAUAUUCACGACGGCGUUGCAUUAGCUGUGUAGAAAUAGGGCACGCGAAACGUCUGGCAUCAAAAGAAAUAGUUCAAUCUUAAUCCAAAUACCCAUCAGCAAUUGAA